AUGGUGCAAUACAUCUUCACCCCCUGGCGGGACCGGCGCGAACUGCUCGCGGUACGAAGGCAGUUUUACCCUGAGAAUCACUACCACCAACAUCAACAACAUCAACAACAGCAACAACAACAAACUCCAGCGCAGAAUCCUCGGCCCACCAAGGGAAACAGAACCUCCAGCGCUUACAGUUCUAAGAACAACGAGAUCGCAUCAGAGUCGGGAUCAGCAUCGCAUCCAGAGCAAGAUGGGAAGCAGAAAGCGGUAGCGCGCGUCUCCAUGUGGAUGCAGCGCGGCGGGUGUCCGCACAUGGUCGAGUCGACGGCGCUGUUGACGGCUGCCAUCCUGAGCGAUGAGGGGAUCCUCCAGGGUGGUGACGACGGGUCGGCGAGGGCUUCCAGGGGGUAUGCUGUCCGCGCGGCGUACUCGGCUGCGUUUAGUCGCUUCGUAACAGGCCUCCUAGACUCGCAUCAGGACAAACAGCGCAAGAUGUCUAUGUACGACGUUGCGAAGAGCGUGGGGCUGCCCGCGACUUUCGUCGAACUCCGCCACCAAGCCACCCACGAGCAGCUGCCGUCGCUGACGAGGCUGCGGGAGGCGGCGCGCAAGGCGCUGGACUGGAUCUGGGAGUAUUACUGGCGACAUCUGGAAUUUCCCCAGCCUGCCGAGAAAGGAGCGGGCAACAGCAAGGCCCAUGGUGCUAGCGAGAAGGAGGACUCGAGGGAGGGAGGCGAACUUAGAGAGAUGGUGAUGCGGUAUCUUUCUGGCGGGGAAGAGGAGCAGGCUGCGUUAAGGAGGAAGAUAAUGAGGGAAUAUGACGAGGCGAUGGUGCUGGCCGCGGUGGACUCUGUAUCCGGGACUACAAGGGAUAGUACGGUGCUCCGUCGUGCGGUGGCGCUUGCGAGGGAGAUUCUAGAGGAUGGGGGUAGAGACGAUCCGGAGCGGAUGCAGGAGGAUGUUGAUGACAAGGAGCCUACGAAGGAGCCGCCAAGGGAUAUUGAGCUGGUCAGGACGGAAUUGGGCAAGGCGUGGGAGAAGGUGAGGGAAAUGGAAGAUUCGAGGCCGCUCGAGGGCCGGAACCAGCAGAUGGAGAUGGAGGUCGACGUGGCCGAGGACGCCCCGGCUUGGACGCUGUACGAGGAGGAGGCAUGGGUGCCGAAACCUAUUGGGGUGUACCUAAGGCGUCUUUUCCCGUCACGAAUUCACCCGUUAACCGCGACUCCACUGAUCGCUGGUUUCCAGCCGGCUACUGCUCGCACAAUGCAUAUCCAGUCGAUUCCUAUGUGGGCGGGGAAGAGCGACAACUAUGCCUACCUGGUUGUUGAUGACAAAACCAAAGAAGCUGUGAUCGUUGACCCGGCCCACCCGGCGGAGGUCGCCCCUGUGCUGAAGAAGGGCAUACAAGAUGGAUCAAUCAAGCUCACUGCCAUUGUCAACACCCACCAUCACUGGGACCAUGCCGGCGGAAAUGCAGAGCUCCUCACGGAGCUCGGUCAAUCUCUUGAGGUGAUUGGCGGGAAGGACUGCCAGAAGGUGACCAAGACACCGAAACAUGGCGAGACGUUCAACAUCGGCAGUAUUGCUGUCAAGGCGCUACACACCCCGUGCCACACCCAGGACAGCAUUUGCUUCUUCAUGCAGGACGGCAAUGACAAGGUUGUGUUCACCGGGGAUACUCUGUUCCACGGAGGCUGUGGGAAGUUCUUUGAAGGAACCGGCGAGGAGAUGCACAAGGCACUGAACGUGACAUUGGGCUCUCUCCCCGACGACACUAGGGUCUUUCCCGGCCAUGAGUACACCAAGUCCAACGCCAAGUUCGCUCUUUCGGUCCUCCCGAGCGAGCCUGUCAAGGCCCUGGAGGCCUUUGCCAAUGACAACAAGGAGACGCAGGGCAAGUUCACCAUCGGUGACGAGAAGCAGCACAAUGUGUUUAUGAGGCCUCAGGACCCGGAAAUCCAGAAGGCAACGGGCGAAACUGACCCUGUUGCGAUCAUGACCAAAUUACGCGAGAUGAAGAAUAACUUCAAGUGA